GAAGAGGGAUGGCCCAGUGGAUCUUGCAAUCUUGCAGGCUUGUUUGUGCUGGAAAGGGGGCCGCCCAACGGCGGGAUGAUGCUCCCGGUGACAGUUUGCUUCUCGCGUUGCGUCCAGGCUCGCUCCCACCAACGAAAGGCUCGACCACUCGACAUCCGACACAACUUCAGCCUCUGGGUAGCGGAGUUGAGGAGCAGGCGAUGGCUGUCAGGCAGGCAGCGGAACCUGUCUCUUAUGAGCACGCACAGUCGGAGUUCAAAGUCGCAGGGGUGUGGUGUGUCUUGGUUGAAAGGAGAAACUCACCGGCCGAGCCCCACGCGAUGCCAAAGCUAGGGGAUCGGCACGCAGGUACUUGGCAGUACUUCAGACUCGCAUCGCUCCCAAGGUCGUGGACCACGGCCGCGGGGUGUCUGUUGGCGGCUCAACGUGAGCCUACUCAGGCUAGGCUGCUACCAACAUGAAGACUCC